GAGUGCUGUACAAAUAUCUGAGGCCCAGUCACUGCAUGCGAUCCGCCAGUCUCUUGGGGGUGACUUUCCCAUUUCUGAAGUUUUACGGGUGGCGCACAGAUGGAGAUGAGAGAUAUAUUUUUAUGGAAUAUAUAUACGGGCAGACUCUGGAGCAAGCAUGGGAUAAAUUGGGACACGACAGUCGGAUUGCGAUAUGCUAUGAACUCCGAACGACCUAUGACCAUCUGCGCCAUCUUAAGCAAGACCCAUUGGGGAAGUUCAUAGGCAAGUCUAUUCUAUCAAUUCUAUCUCAUAUAUCUAAUUCAGUUUAUAUAUAUAUAUAGGGAACGUUGCACGAGCUCCUCUAUAUGAUAGAGUAUUGCAUAUAUAGAAUAUAUGUCUGAAGCCGGCCCGUUCAACACUGUCCAGGAUUUCCAUGACUGGUUUACAUUUCUUCAAUACCACUUGAGCCUUUCCGACACGAACUACCUGACAACUGUGCUAUUAAGUUCACUCAUGGUGACCUUCAUCGCAGUAAUAUUAUUAUUACUUCCUCUCAACCAUAUCAUGUUCUAGCUAUUGUUGACUGGGAACAGUCUGGCUGGCUACCUGCUUAUUGGGAAGCCCGUAAAGCACAACUUACCGCUGAUAGGCAUGAUCAAUGGUCAACAGAGUAUCUGCCGAUGAUCUUGGAUCAAUACACAGAUACUUGGGAUGCGUGGGACUACUAGUACCUUAUGGCUAUGGAGUG